CAUACAGCGUAAGCUUUUUGAAGAAUUGUGGGUUUGAGCUCAGUGCUGGAAAUGUUGGAGGGGGGGAUGAGUGAAGUUUUAAUUACCUACAACUGAGAUGCCCUAACCCCCAAUCACUCCCCACAUGCAGCAAAAAAAAGGCUGCCCACUACUCUUGGUGUGUGUUCACGGUGUGUGUGUGCACUUGCAUGGGUGAAAUGCAGAGCAUAAAGACCAUACUUGGCCACACGUCACUUUCACUUUCACAUUCACAAUAUGUAGGAGUAUUAUGGAGAACAUGACAUGUAAAUUGUAAAGUGACGUGAUGCACAUGUCAGUGUGGGUCUAAAGAUGCAGGGCGUGUGAGCAGCACAUAAUUGUCCAGUAGCAGGAGCAGGAAUGGCUCAUUGGUGCAGUCGACAUCCAUUCUUUCUCUUUGAAUACACAACAAUCAAAUAUGUGGUCACGCAGAAUAAGAAAUUGGGACUCUUAUACAGAAUCCUUCAACUCACUGUCAUGGGAUAUCUCAUCGGAUGGGUAUUUGUGACAAAGAAAGAGUACCAGGCAAAAGAUGACACAAUCGAGAGUUCUGUGCGAACUAAAGUUAAAGGAGUUGCACGUGUCAACACAACAGAUUCAAAACUCUGGGGACCAGAGGACUACGUUUUCCCAGAACAGGGUGAGGGUUUUCUUUUUAUAACAACCAAUUUCAUUGAGACGCCAAACCAAAAAAUGGGCAACUGUUCAGAGAACCCCGCAAUACCAAAUGCAAAGUGCACUAAGGACGAAGACUGCAGAGAAGGAGAGGCUGUUAGGGCUGGAAACGGAAUUAAGACUGGCCUUUGUAUUAAUGGCACUUGUGAAAUAAAUGGCUGGUGUCCCACUGAAAAGAGAGAGCAUCCAGGCCCAGACACUGUAGUGAGACAAGCUGAAAACUUUACCAUAUACAUAAGGAACUUCAUCAGAUUUUCCCAGUUCAACUUCUCAAAAUCAAAUAUAUUAAACAAAAAUGAAUCACAUUUUAAAACCUGCGUGUAUGAUGAAAUUGCCGACCCGUACUGUCCUAUUUUUCGGCUGGGAGAUAUUGUAAGCAAAGCUGGACAUAGCUUUCAAGAAAUAGCUGUAAAGGGUGGUUCAUUUGGUGUUCUGAUUGAGUGGUCUUGUGACCUUGAUAAAGAUGCCUCAAAUUGCAAUCCUCACUACAGUUUUCUGUUUCUGGGCAGCAACAAGACAGACGGAUAUAACUUCAGAUUUGCAAAAUAUUUCAAAGAUGAUGCAGGACAGAAGCAAAGAACACUUUACAAAGUGUUUGGAAUUCAUUUAAACAUCAUGGUGUUUGGAACGGCAAGAAAGUUUAGUAUUAUUAAGACCAUCAUCAACAUAGCAUCAGUUCUUACUUUAAUGACUGCUGGUUCUUACUUAUGCGACAUCAUACUACUCUGCAUGAUGAAGAAGAACACUGCUUACAGAGACUCAAAGUUUGAGAGAAUACAAAAGAAUGACAAAGAAAAUCCAGUGGAAAAGAUGCCAGCGGCUCUGAAGAGAACGUUCAGUUUAUGAAAUUUGCAAUAAUAGCAAUGCUUGUAGUGUGAAAUAUGAGCAAAGUGCAUUGGAUUCAUCUCAUUCUGAGGCAGACAUUAUUAGCUGAAGUCUAGAAAUGUUAUUUAUAUAAUAUAUUGUAUGAUGUAUAAAUACAAUGGCAUAUUCAGAUUUAUAUUUGUAUUGGACUUCCUUAUGUUGUGUCUAAGUACAAACUUGAUGCAUGUUUAUCAAUCAGCUGUCAUGUUUUGUUUUUCAUUCACUUCCUUAAUUCUCAAUGUUAAAUUUGCUCCAUGAGAUAUUAAGUCUGUCUUGUAUUGUAAAUCCUGGUCCUUCACCACUUAAUUUACACUAAUACUAAGUCUAGCAGCAUUGAGUAUAAAUAAGUAGCAUAUAAGACUGACGUGACUCAAUACAUUUAUUGUAUAAACUUCAGAAGGUCAAUUAUAUAGUAAAUUAUAUUUAUAAUGGCAUUUUAACAUGAUUUUAGUCAUUAAACUCAUUCAGUGGAUUAAUCAUA